AAGUUUCUAGCUCAAUAUCCCAACAAAAGGAGUAUAGAAAUACCUCUUCACCUUUCUUUCAAUUUUGUUGUUGAAGCUUAAUCUACUAAAAUAAUGGAGUACGAUGAAAAAGUAACCUACACGAGAAAUGAAAUUAAGGAAGAUAUGUAUGAACAAAUCUAUAAAAUAUCCAGAACCUUCAAUUUACAAAAAUCUGAAGCGACCAUACUUCUCAUGCAUCUUGGAUGGGACUCGCUUCUUUUUGCUGAACGUUUUGGUGGAAAAAGGGAGGAAUUAUUGGCAGAAUUAGGUUUAGAAUUAGUUAGGGUUGAUUCUAAUCUAGAUUUAUCAAAUGCUUCAUGUGGUAUUUGCUCUAAGAGUGAAGAAACGUUUAUUGAGUUUAACAAUGAUAAUGAUGACGGUGACGGUCAAGGUGAUAGUGAUGGUCAUGGUCAUGGUGAUGUUAAUGGUGGUGAGGAUGAGGAUACGGACGAGGACGAUGACGAUGAAGAUGACAAUGAAAAUAAGAAUCACGAUGAUGAUGAGGAUGAGGAUGAAGAUAAGGAUGGGGACGGGGAUGAGGAUGGGGAUGGGGAUGGGGAUGAGGAUGGGGAUGGGGAUGACGAUGAGGACGAGGAUGAGGACGAGGAUGAGGACGAGGAAGAAGAUGAUGAGGAAGAUGAUGAUGAGAAUGAUGAAGAAGGGUAUGAUGAUGAUUGUUUCAUCUCCACACCGUAUUGCGGCCACAAGUUUUGCAAAACUUGUUGGAGAGGAUAUCUUAAAGAACAUUUUUAUUCUCUAGAAAAUAACUUAACAGUAAUCUCAUGUCCUGAUCAAGAUUGUGGAGCUGCGGUUGGACAAAAAACAAUUGAGGAGCUAGGAGUACAUGAUCAAGAGAUGUACGAGAGUUAUCUUCUAAGAUCUUACAUUGAGAUCAAACAGCUUCCUGCACCAAAUUGUAAUUAGGCAAUUGGCCAUAUAUGAAUUUAUUCAUAAAGGAAAGUUGUUCUUUUCUGGAAGGCAUUAUUUCACCUUUUAUUGGCCAUUGCAUCUGUGUAAUUUUCUGUCGUAUUUCGCGGGCCUCAUGUAAAAGUUGAUGGUAGUGUACUAGUGUUAUUUUGCAUCCCAAUUUCUUGGCGUCAUUGUUCCCUCUACCAGUAGCAUCGCAUAUGUUGUUGUACACAUCAAUUUUUUAAAGUUUUUUGGUUUCACAUGUAUCAGUCCAUCUUUUCUUGUUCUAUUGCCAUAUAUGCAUCUACAUCGUAUUGUUGAAGUAACCAUUCAGAUCUUUUGAGA